AUCACAGCUCCCACGCCCCCCAAUCGCACUCCUCUCCUUAUUCUUCCUCUGCUACUGCUGUGUUCCUCUUCGAUCGUUACAUGCUCAACUACGCACGUCAGACCUUGAAGCGUGUUCCAUCUUUUCAGGAGUUGCUGCAAGGGAAAAUGGGUUCGACCAGGGAAGAGAUCAACGUAGACGUCCUCGUCAUUGGCGCUGGCCCGACCGGCCUGGGGGCAGCGAAGAGGUUGAAUCAGAUUGAUGGCCCCUCGUGGUUGAUUGUAGAUGCCAAUGAGACUCCUGGCGGCCUGGCCUCAACCGAUGUCACCCCUGAGGGCUUUCUCUACGAUGUCGGCGGUCAUGUCAUCUUCUCCCACUACAAGUAUUUCGACGACUGCAUCGACGAGGCUCUGCCCAAUGCCGACGACUGGUACACGCACCAGCGCAUCUCCUACGUCCGCUGCAAGGGACUCUGGGUCCCCUAUCCUUUCCAGAACAACAUCUCAAUGCUGCCAAAGGAGGAUCAGGUGAAAUGCAUCGAGGGCAUGAUUGAUGCCGCCCUCGAGGCCCGCGUCUCCAACACCAAGCCCAAGGACUUCGACGAGUGGAUCUUGCGUCAGAUGGGCACUGGCGUUGCAGACCUCUUCAUGCGCCCUUACAACUAUAAAGUGUGGGCCGUUCCCACCACCAAGAUGCAAUGCGCAUGGCUCGGCGAGCGUGUCGCCGCUCCCGACGUGAAGCGAGUCACCUCCAACGUCAUCCUAGGCAAGACCGCAGGUAACUGGGGUCCCAACGCAACCUUCCGCUUCCCUGCCCGUGACGGCACCGGCGGUAUCUGGAUUGCCGUUGCGAAGACCCUUCCAGACGAGAAGAAGCGAUUCGGCGAUCACGGUGCUGUCACCAAGGUUGACGCCGAUGGCAAGAAGGUGACACUAAAGGAUGGUACAGUGGUCAACUACCAGAAGCUGAUCAACACCAUGGCUGUUGAUAGUCUGGUUGAGAAGAUGGGCGAUAAGUCGCUCAUCCAACUCAGCAAGGGCCUCUUCUACUCCUCGACUCACGUCAUCGGGGUCGGUCUUCGGGGCGAGCGUCCUGCAAAUAUCGGCGACAAGUGCUGGUUGUACUUCCCAGAGGACAACUGCCCCUUUUACCGUGCGACCAUCUUCUCCAACUACUCCCCCUACAAUCAGCCGCAGAAGGACGUCAAGCUCUCGACUCAACAGCUUGCCGACGGCUCAAAGCCCAGCUCUAAGGAGCCCAAGGAAGGACCGUACUGGUCCAUCAUGCUCGAGGUGUCGGAAUCCAGCAUGAAGCCCGUAGACCAGGCCAACCUCCUGAAGGAGUCUAUCCAGGGACUCAUUAACACCGAGAUGAUCAAGCCUACAGACGAAAUCGUGUCCACCUACCACCGCCGUUUCGACCACGGCUACCCCACUCCGUCGCUGGAGCGCGAGGGCGUGCUCAAGGAGCUCCUUCCCGCUCUCCAGGCAAAGGAUAUCUGGUCACGCGGUCGCUUCGGUUCCUGGCGCUACGAAGUUGGUAACCAGGACCACUCGUUUAUGUUGGGCGUGGAAGCCGUUGACAACAUUGUCAAUGGUGCCGUUGAGUUGACGCUCAAUUACCCCGACUUCGUGAACGGUCGCCAGAACACGGAACGCCGCCUCGUCGACGGUGCUCAAAUUUUCGCCAAGAACAAGAACAAGAACAACAAAGCUCUAGACUAGAUUAGUGGAAACGAACAUGUCGAUGCUGGCAUGGCAUGAUGGGAUGAAAUCCCGGUAUAGGUUGCCGUUGUGCUUCUGGGAUAGGAGUAAUGAACAUUUUGGGUGUAGCCGCAACGAUUGAUAUGAUGGUUGUUUAUUUGGGGGCUAUCUGGGAGCGGGUUCAUGAGAAUAUUUUGGCAUGGCUGCAGUGGCUCGCAGGAGACGUAUCUUCUCCGUUCAGCGUAACGUUGUCUACAACCUUCCAAGGUUGGAAUGGAACGGUGUCGCUUUGGCCCGAUUUAGAGAUAGACGUAUAGAUGUAUGGAUUCUAAGAAGAAUUCCCGGGGAGGAACGCGCUUGGCUCAUCGGGGAAGUGAUUUGUGACCGGCUCGAGGGGUUUCUCUUCCGUUGACGCUUGCCACCAGUAGGG